GUUGGAUCGUCCAACAGUGCAUCAUUCAUUAUUUUCAUUGUCAGCACAAUUUGAGAUGUUUGAUUUGGGAUUAGCCGACGUAUCGUAGCCUCGGGCCUUUAGCGCCGCGCAGUUCCUCAUAUAACCUGUAUGAACUUGUCCAUCCACAACUUAGCAUUGCAGAGAUCACUCUUUUGCAGUUACCUGGACCGGAAAUUUGCAAUCAUACAAUCACGGUGACUGGCGAAUAAGUGCAACAAAUAAGCAGCGCCUAUGUGUAUCUUUCGCAUAGAACAAGUCACAUUUGGCACACUAUAACUCAGGAGGCUUUCUGCCAGCCAUGCAUGCCUUUCUCCCCUCUCAGUUGCUCCAACAGUUCAAAGAUGACCCCGUAUUAUCGACCUACCCUUCCCACAUCUAUACAGACACUUUCGAAAAAUUUCGGUUCAAGACGGUCUCUGUGAAGAACCACGUCUUCAUACAUGACGAGGUUUCUUUACGCAUCAAGAUCCCGCAUUCACCCGUAAUGUCACUUGAAAAAGACGAUCAACGAACUUACCUUCAUAUGGCCGCCCUCCUCGGAGAUGUCCCUCUUGCGUACGAAAUGAUCAGGAUGGGUCUAGAUCUGGACCUGCGAGACAAAUGGGGCAUGACGCCUCUCUUCCUCGCGUGUACAGUGCUACGAGAGAUGGACGUCGUCAAGAAGACAUACUUCCCGAUCAUGUUCGCUACGGCAAGUGACGUCAACCAUUCUGAUAUUCUUCCCGAAUGGUUCAAUGAGCAGAGUGCCGCUAGUUUGGAGGAUCGCGUUAUUCGUGUGGCCAAGCUUUUGGUUGGGCAACAUGCAGAUGUCAAUACCGAAGUUGGGAACCAGACACCCCUGAUAUCUCUGGUACGAGCAUCCUGUUGGCCUUUGGUAGAGCUUUUGCUUGAACACGGAGUCCGGGCGCCCUCUUCACUGACUGCCCUUUCUGACGUCUUCCACUUCGAAGCCGACAAGGAGAAGUUCAAGUCUCUCGUUGAUACAAUUAAGCCCGGCUCCUCCCGUCCCUCUCAACCAUGUCCGUGUUGGUCGGGCAAGAAACUCUCUGAUUGUCACGGAGUCGGCAAGCACCUUUACCCCGCAGCAUUUCCCUGUCGUUGUGGACAGCGAAAGGCCUAUGGCUCGUGUUGCGCCAAGAAGCAAUUUGACAUAUUCGAGGCAUGGGAUCCCAAGCGUCGAUCGAUUCAGAAUAUCGCUCAGAAGAGACUAGCGAUUCCUAUGGGUAUAACUGAUGAAAUGUUCCUGGAGGGGAACCGAUACAUGAGGGAACUUCAAGCUCUUGGUCCUGAUAUGGUACAACGAAAGUGGAAUCGGCCUCGGAUUCUUUCGCAAAUGCUUGCUUUCGAACCUGACAUGGACCGUGCAUUCUUGUAUACUACUGUGCACGGGACGUUCCAUCCUCGGCCUUGGGACGGUCAGUUGAGCAAGGCGGAGAGUAAAACCUGUAUGGAGAAAUGGAAUGCUUUGGUCGACACCUACAUUGCCUCAGGUGUUGAUAGUCGGUCGCGAUUUGACAUUGAGCUGGCUGCCAAGAUUUCUAUGAGUGGUGGUCCGCUCUACAAGCAUUGUGAUGCUACAAAUUGUAGGCAUGUAGAAAAGCGAGAUGUCCCUGCUAUGAAGACCUGCGGUCGAUGCCAAAAGGCAUUCUACUGCAGCCAGGAUUGUCAGAAAUCUGACUGGGCAAUCCAUAAACGUCAGUGCGGAAAUAUUUUGCAACAGGAGCAACGACUUAUGUCCCAGAUUGCGGUGGAAAAUGCGAUGAAUCGAGCGAUCCCCGCGACAUUCAGGUCUACAUCCACAACAGAGUUCUCGCCAUAUCAGUUGACUAUCUUGGAUUGGGUAUCUCAAUGGCAGAAUGAUGGUCCUAGUCCCUGGUCGUACACAUCUCCUACAAUAAUGUGAAAUUCUGACCCUCAAUAUUUAUCAAUAGCGCACCAAAUGUCUUUAGUUCUCUUCUGUAUGACAUACUACGGCAUUUGUAUGUGCUAUAGCCCUCUUGAUUUUACAUAUAUUACAAUUCCGUCGUCAAUUGCACUAUUAAGGUAUCAUUUAUAUUAUUUGCAGUGCACUCUGUGAUUCGCUGUGCUCAUCCUGAACUCCAUGCCGUAUUAUCUGGUUUUACCCUGCCAACGUCUUUUCAACGAGCUUCUAGGUAGGAUUAGAAUGACUUAGCAUGGCCUAUCGCAACAUGUCGGAGGACAGUGUCACAGCAUACGAUCGUCGACCACUCCGUUCGCCCUACUCUAGUUCUCGUGUGUCUAACUCAUACGAACCCUUUGAAAAUAAUGAAGAGAACGCCUA